GUUGUCAACAGCAGCAACGGCUCAACACUUGCUGCAGUUCUGCGUCUGCGAACCAGCACAUCCCGGGUCUGCGGUACCUCGGGCGCUCCCUCUUCGUCGAUUUACCAAUUAGCGAAAACCCGUCAUCACAAUGCCCGCUGCUGUCGAAUACCCGGCUUCCUCCUCUGGCAGGCUACUCCUAAUCUCCAAUCGCCUGCCAAUUACCAUCAAGCGCUCCGAUGACGGCGAAUACUCCUUUUCCAUGUCCUCGGGCGGUCUCGUCACCGGACUGAGCGGGCUUUCCAAAACUACAAGUUUCCAAUGGUACGGAUGGCCUGGUUUGGAGGUACCAGAGGCCGAGGCAGGGCCCAUGAGGGAGCAGCUGAAAGAGAAACACAAUGCCAUCCCGGUGUUUGUCGAUGAUGAGCUCGCCGACCGCCACUACAACGGGUUUGCUAACUCGAUCCUCUGGCCCCUUUUCCACUACCACCCCGGCGAGAUCACUUUCGACGAGUCUGCGUGGGCUGCAUACCGCGAAGUAAACCGGCUGUUUGCCCAGACUGUGGCCAAGGACGUACAGGACGGGGACCUCGUGUGGGUGCACGAUUACCACUUGAUGCUCCUGCCCCAGAUGCUGCGCGAGGAAAUUGGCAGUACCAAGAAGAACGUCAAAAUCGGCUUCUUUCUUCACACGCCCUUCCCCAGUAGCGAGAUCUACCGCAUUUUGCCCGUUCGGGAGCAAUUGUUACUGGGCGUUCUCGACUGCGACCUGAUCGGCUUCCACACGUACGACUAUGCGAGGCAUUUCCUGAGUAGCUGCUCGAGGAUACUCUCGACUACAACAACACCGAACGGCGUCGACUGGAACGGUAGGUUUGUCACUGUCGGGGCGUUCCCGAUCGGCAUCGACCCCGACAAGUUUGUGGAGGGUCUCAAGAAGGAGAACGUACAAAAUCGCAUUGCCGCCCUGAAGCGAAAGUUUGAGGGCGUGAAGCUGAUUGUCGGUGUCGACCGCCUCGAUUACAUCAAGGGCGUGCCCCAGAAGCUGCACGCGCUCGAGGUAUUCCUCACCGAGCAUCCCGAGUGGAUCGGCAAGAUCGUAUUGGUCCAAGUAGCUGUGCCCAGCAGACAGGACGUCGAGGAGUACCAAAACCUCCGGGCCGUCGUCAACGAGCUGGUCGGGCGCAUCAACGGCAAGUUCGGCACCAUCGAGUUCAUGCCGAUCCACUUCCUCCAUCAAUCGGUCACCUUCGACGAGCUCACGGCUCUCUACGCCGUUAGUGACGUGUGCCUGGUGAGCUCGACGCGCGACGGCAUGAACCUGGUCUCGUACGAGUACAUCGCCACGCAGCGCGAGCGCCACGGCGUCAUGAUCCUUUCCGAGUUCACGGGGGCCGCCCAGAGCCUGAACGGCAGCCUCAUCGUCAACCCGUGGAACACCGAGGAGCUCGCCAACGCGAUCCACGACGCCGUCACCAUGUCGUCCGACCAGCGCGCGACCAACUUCCGCAAGCUGGAACGCUACGUCUUCAAGUACACGAGCGCCUGGUGGGGGCAGAGCUUCGUCACGGAGCUGACGCGUUUGAGCGCGGGGAACGAGUCGAAGGGGGCUAAAAGGGGGGACGCGGCCAAGCUAGUGCGGAACGCGGCCCAGGGAGUUGCGGGUGCGGCGAGCAAGGCGAUUGAGGGUGUACAGGAGGUUGUUCCCGGUGUUUCCGGGGAUAAGGAGUAAGGGAGCAGAUCUGUUGCAUUGGUCGU